UUCUGAGCACCGCGGUGGAAAGAUGUUCCCUGACGCUCUCUCCCCUCAUCAGUCCACUACUACAGGUGGAUCAGGUGCCUAGACUCUACGGCGUAAACUGAUCAACUCAUAGUGUCUACGCGGUGUUGUGUAACUUAAAGUGUGGGAAAAGGACAGAAAAUCCACGAAAUUUGUUCAUAUUGGCACAAUUAAUAAUUGACAAUUAUUGAUGAAAGGAUGGAUCCUAGCAGUUCUCAGCACUACACUUUAAGGUGGAAUAACUACCUAGGAAACCUAGGAACUGUAUUUGCAUCUUUACUCCGACGUGAACUACUAGUUGAUGUCACAUUAACAGCAGAGGGACGGAGUAUAAAAUGCCACAAGGUUGUAUUGUCGGCCUGUAGUCCGUACUUCGAGCAGCUAUUCUUAGAAACUGAUGCACAGCACCCCAUCAUCAUUCUUCGGGAUAUACGAUGGAUAGAACUUCAACAUAUUGUAGAAUACAUGUACACAGGACAGAUUAGCGUUGUACAGCAGGAUAUACAGUACAUACUUCAAGCAGCAGAAUCUUUACAGAUCCGUGGACUCGUGAGUCUCUCAGGGGAGGAGGAUACUCCGGUUUCAGGGAAACCUUUCAGGCUUUCCAGUGAGAACCGGGAGAACAGUCCUGAAGAUUUACGAGUAAACGAAUCCACUACUCCGUUGAAGAAACGCCGGUUUACCCAGCAUUCCGAUACAUUAAUCUCCUCCUCCCUCUCCCCUUCUCCUAACCCUCUCCCCUCCCCUUUUACCCUCUCAUCCUCCUCUCCCACCCAGUCCGAACCCAUCUCCGAGAUUAAAUCCGACCCCGAGGAUUUGAGGUUGAGUAGCGUGACUCCGGUACCAAGGAGUGAGGGGUCCAAGGUUCCAACCUGGACUCAGACACAGCUACAGGAGGCAAUAGAGGCAGUUAUAACACAGAGAAUGCGCUUUACUCAGGCGAGCUGUAAAUAUGGUAUUCCUAAAGGGACACUCUACGAUAAUAUUCUUGGAAAGUCUAAAAGAAUGCAGGUGCUUGAUGAUCUCGGCUUGAGUGAGCUUGAAGAUAUGGCUGUACUGGAGUACUGUUGUGAAGUAUCUAAUAUGCCGUACAAUAGGCGGACCAGUAAAUCCUUGAGAGAUAUCAUCUCCUUUAUCCAGAGGUUGAAGGGGGAGGCCGGGGACAGAGGUUUUAAUAUGUCCAUGAGACAAGGGUUCAGAUGGUGGUGGGCUUUUACAAAGAAGCAUUCUAUAAUCUCCCUGUACUACGAGAACCAAGGAGCAGAGACAGAAGAUAAGAAACCCGUGAAACCUGUAGAUAUAAAACCAACCUCCUUCAGUCCAUCCAACACUCCUGGCUCUCCUCUAAACACUUCAUCCCGCUCCUACAGCUCCCCCCUUCGCCCCUUAACUCCUGAGGAUACUGUAUUGAAUCUGUCCACCACACCUCUUCACCUUCCUCCUUCCUUCUCCCUCCUAGCUCCUUUCCUUAAUAUGAAUAAUCAAAGUAGAUAUUCAUCCUCGAAAUGCUAGCCUCGAAUUUGAAGGGGUCCUAGGGACCUCCCAGUACUUUAAAGUAACCCCUUUAGGGUCUGAAAUACCUAGGAACUUUAAAGGACUGAAAGAGAAAAUUUCGAACCUUUUUGAGAGCUUUCAAGGACACCUUUUACCAUGCAUUUCAACACAGUAGCUUAUUUCUUAACCUCAAACCUGAAAAUCGGCCAAAGGCCGGACGAGAGUAUGGCCUGUGGCCGUUUUUUGUUACAUUGAAGCUUAUUUAUCUCAUAUCUAAAUAUAACUUUAACGCAUAAGUGCCAAACACAACUAUAUCCAUUCUUCAAUGUCCAGUUUUUUCUGACCAUUUUAUUUGUUGACAAAUGUUUAAAAUUGUAAAUUGUAACUCACCUUCCCCCCCCCCUCCUUCCCAAAUAUAUAUAUAUAUAUAUCUUUGCAACCCAAUGUCGUAGACAUUAAAUAUGUCAAACUAUAUGAAUUGAGUUAGAUAUAAAAUAAUUUAAGUUUAAUAUAUCAUAGGUUUACUUCAUCAGGUUACUAAGAUAUAGGGAUAAGAAAUUUGAGUUUGGGGCACAGACUCAAUUUUCUUUCUCCUAUUUAAGAUAUAAAUAUAGUUAAAGAGUAAUAAUCACUAUUUUGCUGUUAAAAAAAUAGCGUCUUACCCCCCAUAUUGAAAUUAAAAAAGAAAAUGUUUAUUAAAAAUAUAUCCCUCAGUUAAUCAAAUCAUUUUUAAAGUGGCAUUUUCAGUACAAAAAUCAUCUUGUAGAUAUCUAUAUUUGUAUUUGUUAUAAAUUGUGUGUACAUUGUGCAACUUAUACACCCAGUUUAGAUGCUCGUAACAUUCCAGUAAUUUUGUCAACCUAGCUCUAACACAGUCUUAGAUCUUGGAAUUUCCGGACCAAACGUCGGACCAGAAUCAACAUUUUUGAGAAAAUCAAACUUUUUAAAAUUGUUAGACAACGUCAAUUGUCGGACUAAAACUGUCUUUUUAAAGCUAAAAUUUU